AAGAUUUAGAAAAACAAGUUAAGAAGUAGGCUAGUAUUUUAUGAAGUAACGAAUGACUUUGGUACCGUAGUGUUUAAUAUUGUUUGUUGAACCUUUAUUUUUUUGUGAAAUCUCGCAACGAUGAAGAGCCAUUCGGUGAUUUUUAUCGACAACCAGUGGUCAGAAGAUUACCCUGGGAAAAACAAAUACUCCAACAAUAGUUUCAUAGGAUGCCUAGUAAACUAUUUUACUGUGCCGCCGUGGGUUUUGCCGAAACGAAUCGCGUUGGCAUUCAUGCCACCUAUUCUAGGAGACAAGUCUAGACGAGUGUAUGUGGACUUUGUCGGACCGUGUCUUGCGAUUUUGACUCUAGCUGCUAUCUUGCACUAUGGACAUUCAUACAAAGUGCAAUCUGCAGCUUUAAAUACAAGUCCUACUGAAAUUUUACUUUAUUAUUGCGCUAUUUUUCCUCUGAUUACGUUUGUUUUGGCUAAAUUAGGCCGUGCCACCCUUGGGUUCUUGGACAUAGCGUCUCUUCUCGGCUACGGUCUUUACGGUCACAUUUUUACGUUGGCCGUUUCACAACUGUUUGACCACGAAAGGAGCAACGGAGUGUUUUUCACCAAUCUGUUCGUGUUCGGAGGACUGAGUGGUCUUCGCAUUGCUCUCGUACUGUUAGCCUCCAUCCCUCGCCCAGCGUCUAGAUUACUAGUCUGCAGCACUGCCACCAUCGUUCAUCUAGUGUUUGUGAUUUUUGUCCACUUUGCUUACAUGCAUUCUACAUUUGUUUAUGGUUCUGGUACUGGUAAACACCAUAUAUGAAAUAUAGUCUUUUUGAAAUUUUGUAGCCUUAAUUAAUCUGAUUAAAUCAGUGUGAAUUUUGCGACUUUCACCAUAUAAAUUUAUCUUUUGUCUACAAGAAAAAAAUCAACUUGAGAGACUUAUAACUCAAAAGUGUUUUACGUUUUUGUGGUGAAGGUUUUAAUUUUUAUAAAUUAAAUAGGGAAUUAGCAAACAUUCUUGUCAGUAAAAGUUAUGUGUUUUAUGUUAAUAUUUAUUUAGCCUUCCAAUUUUGCUAGAACACAGUUGAAUUGUUGUGUGUGUUUUCCUUGGAAUACUUGUACUUUGGUAAACUGAAACAAACCUGAGGUAGUAAGGGAGUUGUUUAAACAUACUGAAAGUAGUUUGAACCUCGUUGAUCAAAUACAAUAUUGUGAUUAUAUUUGUGAAACUGUUAUUUAAUAUAACCAAUGAAAAUUAAUUAUUAUUUGUAUUACCUUUUUAAAUCUACUGUUUAAGUUUUCACUAACCUACCUUUUUUUGUGAAAGUGUUUGAUUUACUACCGUUAUCAUGGCUGUGUAGAUUUAAUCACAUUGUUUUAAUCUGUCAUUUUUUGUUUCUGAGUUGGAUAAUGAAUCGAAUAACAAAUAAAGUGAAUCCAUUUCA